AGGAUGCUCUUUGUAGAACAUUCCCUAAACAAAGGUUUUGGGCGACACUAGUGGUGCAGAACUACUCAUGGCUGGGACAAAACCAGAAUAUAAAGAUCAAUGCUGCGUCUGCUGUCUUACAUCUGUCGCAUUUCCUCACUCUUUCUGAGGAUUAAGGGCAGAGGAGGUCUCACCUUGUUAAGCCCUGUGAGACAAAUUGUGAUUUGUGAUUAUGGGCUAUACAAAAAUUGGAAUUGAUUGACGCUCACCUGUGGGUCAGUCUUAAUCGAGAGAGAGAUAAAGAGAGCGAGAGAGAGAGAGAGGUUUGAAGUAAGUUGUCAGAGAAUUAAUGUUGUUUUGAAACCAAAUUUCUCCAAGCUAUUGAACAGUUAUUCUCUGUUGAAUCUGUGGAGAGAAGGCACUCUGACUGUCUUUAUCAGGGGAGUAAAAUGUUGAACAUUUGCUGGAUAUAAGUGUUUUUAAGCAUGUUGGACAUUGGAAUGGCAUAAUAAGAAGGUAGCCCUCAAGCACACAUGUCAGAACUUUAACCGUAUUUAAGUAAUCAGAAUUUAAUAGAGAUAUUGGAUUGCAUCACAUGUAUUUUAAAUUGUCAUAUCUUGCAGCAAUCUUAUACAGGCCUGACUAAAUCCCCCCUCCAAAAAACAAUAAAAAAACUUUAAAGGUCUUUAGUGGUCAUCAACAGCAGAAAGGUGCUAUGUGCUGACUUUAUUUCAUAUUUCUGUGCAAUAUGUGUAAUCCAUAGACUGUAUAGAUGUAAAAGAGUGUGGCCCUUUAAAUGUAUAGAGGAAGGAAGACGGAAGUAUGACGACGUACAGGAGAGUGGACCAAUGGGAUGUAGAGUCUGCUGCAGAGCGCUCCACAUUGACUGAAGUCUACGUUGUGAUUUUAUCAUCAGUGUUUUACCAUCAACUCCACCAGCGCAGUUUCCACUUGUGAACACUGAGCCCUGAUCCCCUGUUCAUUCAAGAGCGUGCUGCAGCCAAAGUCAGCGAGAUGGAGGAGGAGGCCCAGUCUUUCUUGGGGAGGUUUGUGGACGAGUUCCCAGCUGCUCUGGAGGAAGACAGUCCGCUGCCUGUCAGCCCUCUGAGUCGCAAAGUGUCUCUGGAGGAGCUGCAUGGAGAGAGCCUGGAGCUGGGCCUGAGGCUGCUGACUGCCAGGGGUGCUCCUGCAGUCCUCAGCGCCCUCCUGUGCCAGGCAGCGUUGUCUCAGCUGCUGCGGGAGGACCUUUCACGUUUCCACUGCCCAGAGGAAACCGAGGCCAACCAGGAAGAAGAACAGAAAGCAGUCUUACUUCAGUCAGAGGCAGUCCAACGCCUCUUCCUGAAUAAGGUGAUAGAUGUAGCGCUGGCAUGGCAUCAAAACUUCCCCAAGCCUUCCCCGUCCCCUUCCCAGUUCCACCGCUGCUCUGUUCAUGCCAUCAAGAACACGAGGAGAAAGAUGGAGGACAAACAUUUGGCCUUAGCUGAGUUCAACCAGCUCUUCGGAAUCCAGGAUGGAGUGGAGCGUGCCUACUAUGCUGUUUUUGAUGGACAUGGAGGGGUGGACGCUGCCACCUACACAGCAACCCACCUCCAUGUUGCCCUGAGUAAACAGGAAAUGCUACCGAGCGACGCAGCCACUGCCUUUAAAACUGCCUUCAAACGCACAGAUGACAUGUUCAGAGACAAAGCCAAGAGAGAGCGUCUGCGGAGCGGCACUACAGGCGUGGUGGUGCUGAUCCAAGGUCAAGAGCUGACUGUGGCCUGGCUGGGAGACUCUCAAGCAAUGCUGGUCCGAAAGGGUGAAGCUGUUACACUCAUGGACCCCCAUAAACCAGAGAGAGAAGAUGAGAAACAAAGAAUUGAGGAUCUUGGCGGCUGUAUCACCUUCAUGGGUUGCUGGCGUGUUAAUGGCACCUAUGCUGUAUCGAGAGCAAUCGGUGACUUUGACCAGAAGCCUUAUGUGUCUGGAGAUGCUGACUGCUCAACGGUCCAGCUGUUCGGUGAUGAGGACUACGUGUUACUGGCGUGUGAUGGCUUCUUUGAUACAGUCAAACCUUCAGCAGUCCCAGAUCUGGUCUUGGAUGCACUUCAGCAACUUGGUGACCCUGAAGGAGGAGACACUCAGCCAAAACAGUCUGAGGAGAUUAUUGGACUGAGAGUCGCUCAACAUUUGGUAAGUCAUGCUAAGGCAGCUGGCUCUAGUGAUAAUAUAACAGUGAUGGUGGUGUUCCUGCGUCCGCCAAAGCAGUUGCUGUCUCAAGACCCUACUACAGGAACUGCACAAGCUACUGCGGACUCCACUUCCCAAGAUGCUCGACAGCAGUGAAGGAGGGAAUCUGCUGUCCAGACACCACUUUGCUAAGCUACUGCCUGAAUCAGUAUAUCUCAGCCUUUUUUCAGUCCCCGGCUCCUGACAGACAUCCUGCUGACUGACAAAGUUCAUUUGAUGCUAAUGUCACAGCAGGAUGUCAUCACACUAUGUUACUGCUUUGCAGCAAAAUAGCAGAUUCAAGUGUUACUAAACCUGACCACAUGGUCACAACGGUCUGAUGGAUGCAGGGCUACAGAAACCUGUACAGCUACCUGUAAUGGAACAGCACGUACUGAGUCCCCAAACAUGUUCUCACAAUAGAGAUGUGCAUUUUUUAUCUCAUCAAUAACCAAUGCUCAUUAAGUAACCAUUAACUGACAAGAAACAAUUUUUACAAGGAUACAUUUUUACAUGUGCAAACAACAGCCUAAACAAUAAAAUAGACCAAUAAUUCUACAGUUUUUCCCAAUGAUUAAGCUACCUGAACUCCAUCAAAAGCAUCAGGAUCAGUCCUGCCGCCUUAGUGUGUCAGUAGACCAUUAAAACAUCCAUUACGUUUAUACCAUCCUUGGAAGUCAGGCAAACCUAAUAUUGGUUCUAAUUGUUGCUUUGGUGAUUAUGAAAGUAAACUGCUGCAUAUACAGUUUGCAAGAAGAAUAAUCAACCCCCAUAAACAUACCAGGCCAAUGUCAGUCCUCAGCAUAGCGGACAUCUUGUCUACUGGUUUUUAUUUAGAAAUGGCCACCUGCUGUUCACUAUGAAACCAUUGGCAGAGAAAAUGCCAUGUUAGUGGUUAAACUUUAUUAUGUACAUCCCUAUCCCCCAAACCAGAAACUACUAUUGUAGGUAUACUACAUGCCCCAGGUUUGCUGUGCUGGUUUAAAGUUGAAUAUGAUAUCUUUACAACUGUAUGUGUGUAAGAUUUUUAAAGAUCCUGCUUUAAACCUCCGUAUUGGUUGACUUAUGUGGUAUUGAGUGUAAAAAGGGGUUUAUAUCUUUGUGGGACUUUAGCUGUUUAGCUGUAUAAGAAAUACAAUUAACAUACAUAUUGCAAGUAUUGAGUCUUUGUUUCUGUUAUAGCACUUUUGCCUCUGAUGGAAAACUGUACUUUAGCAGAUGUGUGAUUAUGACAUGAAAGGCCAUAAUGAUUUUAAUUUUAUAAGCUGAACACUGAAAUGUGAAAUUUAACCACUAGAGAAUACUUGAUACUGUGUCUGCAUUGAAAGAUUUUAAUUUGAAAACCGUUUAUUUGAAUGUGUGGUUUGAAUUGAACUCUUUUGAAAUUUUAAAUUACACUAUUUCCAACUUAAAGGUUUUUUUCAGCUUCACAAAUUCACAUAGAAGUUCCAGUGUCCCAAGUUUUCAGUCACUCAUCCAAACUUUUGUAAGAGACAAAAGUCUAAUGUCACCACAGUGGCAGAUUUAACUUCAAUAUCUUCAAAAGUUGUUUCCUUUCUAUCAGAUAGGUAGCCAGAAACAGAUUUUUAUUAUUCGCAGCUAAGUGGCUAAUGAAGCUAAUUAUAGCUUCAUUAGUCCAUUGAAAAUGAUAUUGAUCUUCUUCCACAAAUGUCUGUCUGUAUGUGGGACACAUAUUUUGCUAAAACUACAUCUUAUCAACUUCACAGUUGGUAUGUGUAUUGUAGAUUGUCUGAGGAAGUGCAGUGCUGAAUCGUGUACGAUUUGAACACAUUAUACGUUCAAUAUUAAUAAAAUGUGUAUAAACAGGCGACCAGCGUUCUGUAGCAGUCAGUGGCGGUGAGGCAUUGUGCCUUCAGUCUUCGGACAGAAUUAAAUCAUCUUCUUCAUCUUUAGAUAAUUUACAGCAGUAAUGAAGCAAUUUUAGUUUCAUUUAAUGAAAAUCAUGAACUAUAUUGCACAUGAAUCAGGUCGGAUGAACACAACGUUUAAAAAAUACGUCCAGCACACAAACAAUCAAAAAGUGACAGUAUAUUUGAGGAGGACUCACUAAUGACGAGGAGUAUUUGUGAAGUAGAUUCUGGAGCACAGGCCAAACCCAACAGCUCAUUCCACAGGCAGUUUUAAAAAAGGCACUGCACUAGUUGUGCAAAAAUACUAUGUCUAAGGCUAAUGGCUGAGCGUCUUCAUGAACUACAGGUCUAUGUAUGUAGCAUUGUUCUUUAGCAUAAGCUUUGUUACACAAGCGUUUGGGACCAGCCUCACAUAGCAGGACAUGCUACACACUAGCUACUUCUUCAGAUACCAAACCAGUUACCUGAUCACGGUAACAUUAGAGCAAAUUAACACAAAGUUAAUUCCAUUACCUAUCCCUUAAAAGGCUGAAAAAAUACACCAUCCUCCAAACAACAUCAAGUAAUUCAAAACGUUCAUGUUACUAAGCUAUGAUUCGAUAAUUUCUGUAUGUUGAAGGGUUUUAGCAAGUUCAAUUCAAAUCACACAUGUGGAUGGUUUUUAACUAAGGUAAUAAACUCAGUGGUAUUUUAAUCGCAUUUAGUGAUUCACCACAAAAGUUCAUUUCCUUGUAAGAUUCAACUCAUUCCAGCAUUUCCUUGCUUCAGUAUUCUCUGUGGCAGAUUUCCAAUACUCUUAUUGUCUGUUACCUUUAUUUGAACUGUUAUUAUUUUUUUUGUCAAACUUAAGUUCUCAUCUACCACAUCUACUGUACAGUGUGUUUUCUAAGACUCAGUAUUACAUGCAGUGUUUGGAAAUUACCAUGUGUCUUUGAAAAUAACGAUGCAAAAAAAGUGAGAUUCUGCAGUGGGAAGUGAUUUCUCACAAGUAACCUUAACUGUGCUGCAGUGGAUUACAUCCACCUUCAUUUUAAUCUCUAAUGCCAAACAGUAUGACAAUUAAGUAUAUUACACUGUGCACCUUGCAGAAAAUGACUUGGAUUAAGUCAGUUAACAGACUGUAAUAAAAAGGUGUUGAGAUGUUUUCAAUCUCCAACCUGCUGGUUCUGUGCUUUAUAUAGGAGAAAGAUAAUACAGGGAUCACUGACUAACUGCUUAAGCUUGUCUGGCUGAUGUGUGUUGCUUCUUUAACUGGAUCACAAACUCUGACAGUAUUUCUAAUGCAUAAAAUGUUUCCUUUUUUUCUUUUAUACAUUUUUAACAGAUCUUAAUCAUAUUUUAUUGUGAACAUUAAGAUAUCAGCUGUAAUGAUUUUGGGAUGUAUUGAAACUGUUUUUCUCACAAGAUGGUUUACUGUUUUAUAUAACGGCUGAAUAAAAAGCUAUGUGAGUUUAAUAUA